AUGGCCAUUUGGUGCUUGCGCAAUGGUCUCGAUAGCGAGAGUUCAGACGAGAGUUUUGAUAGUGAAGGCUGCAAAAAACCGACAGAUUGGGCGAGUGUCCGACGGCGCGCCUUGUUCCGCACAGCUGCUGCAGUGGUUUUGGCCGCCAUCGCCAUUUUGGUGCCAAUCAUCAAGCCCGCUGGCACACUGCAGUUUUGCCAUCCAGAGGAGGUCGGUGAAGAGGGGGAGGUCAUGGUGGAGCUUUGGGUGCAAGUCUUGACAUCUGCCAUUUCCUUCAUGUGCUUGGGCUUGGUGAUCUCGUCCCAGAUGAAAUGGUGGCUAACGUCACCAUUUUUGUCACGAGUGAGGUGGCAUGUCUUGCUGGACUGUGUGAACGUUUGGCUUUUCCACUUUCUGGCCACACACCCUUCUUGCGGCCUUUGCUAUGGAGUGGAUGGUAAGAGGGGUCUAAGCAUUUUUGCAAUUUGCUGCCACAUCUUUUUUUGGUUCAACAAGCUCAUGGGCUUCACAAUCAUCAAGACGCACCUUACAAUGUUGGAGAGGGCCUUUGAGCGCUCCUUAGGAGUGCAAUUCCUCGAGUUUCUAUUUUUGCUCUUUGGUCUCUCCAUCUUGGUGGCCAGCGUCGCAUUUGUUGGCGCUCAUGUGGCGCCACAUUUGCACGUUCUCAUUCUCGUUGUCAUGGUGAUCGAAUCUGUAGUCGUUCUCUCUUGCCUUUCUGUGGCCACUUUGAUGACCUAUGUAUUUUGGUCAGCUCACAGUUAUGCUAAGCUCGAAGCUGCUGAAUCCAAACGGCCCGCAGACGCUGAGCUGGCCUUGAAGGCCGUCCAUUUCUCGAAGAGAAUGAGGUGGGAAGCACCAUUGAAUUUGACAUUGGUUGCAAUCGCAUUUGCUCUUCAUGUUCUAUGGCUGUGCCAGCUCCACUGGGCAGACCAAGAGCACAUCCACACACUACCCGAGAUGGGUUUCCUCUUCGCAGCUUGUUUGGCCCUCGCCAACUGCGCCCGCUUUGCAAACCUCCUUUCGUUGGUGGAAUUCAGCCCGCAAAAGCCAAAGCACUGGCGGUCGAUGUCUAUGACCUUUUUCCGGACCUUGAGCAACGGGAGCUCUGACUCCGAAGACACCAAGUGGAAGACAGGGCAUUCCUCCUGGGACGCCAAGACCGAGGAGCUGGCACGAAGGGGCGUGACUCUGCGAGCGCUUCUGGACUUUUACAGCAGCCUGCCUGGAAGGAUGCCCCACUUUGACCCGGAGAAGCACAAGACGACCGACAUUGUGCGUCAGGUGAUCAUCCCCAUGAGUCAGGGUUCCAGCUAUGGAGAUUCAGCGGCUGCACUGGUCAUGAUGGAGGGCCGAGAGUUGCUACCAGGUCGGAUGGUCACUCACAGUUGGUCCAAUCGUUUCGCGUGCUUGGUGGCCUCAGUUGUCGCAGAUGCCCUUGAGUUGCCAAGCUACGCAUCCAUUUUGCAUAGGUUGGAGGGUGAGGGGAUGCUGGCUCUGAAAUCAGAGCUCUAUUGGAAGAACAAACUCGAUAUCACUUACUGGAUUUGCUGCUUCAGCAUUAACCAGCAUGCUGGCAUUUGUGGCGUCGUUCCCAGUAACCUCCAAGACCCAGUGACAGGGGAAUUACCCGAACCAUGUCCAUGUGCGCACCACAAAUAUUGGAGUGACUCUGAGCCAUUGAAGGAUGGACAGAGUGUGAAAUGCGAAAUGAACAAAUUUGAUGACAUGAUGAACUGCAUUUAUUCCUUGAAUCCCAAGUGCAGCCAAGUCAUCGCUGUAGAUUUGGAUUUUAAUUUGUUCACGCGUGCUUGGUGUGUGGCGGAGAUUCAUCAAGCUCAGACGAUGUCCAUGUCGCAGCGCAUGAUCAUUUUCUCUGAAGAGAACUUGAAGAAGCAUGAAGUUUGGCUUCAUGACCUGAAAGUGCAGGAGAUGAAGGCCUCAAAUCCUCAAGACGUGGCCUUUAUUUUGUCAAAGAUCGACGAUCCCCAGCGGUUUGAUGCUGAAGUGAAGAACUUGGUGUUUGGCAAUGGGGGUCUAGUACAAGCUUGCCACAUGGGCUUUGAGCGCGUCUCCUUGUUGGGAGCCGUUGCUCAGCAGGGCUUUCAUCGCUCUUUGACAUCGACGAUCAAUUAA